UUUUAGUACUUGCUUAAGCUUAAAAUCUCAACUCUCAAACUCUCAAUCUCAGAUGGUAGAACAGGGAGAAGGAGAAGAAGAAGGAAACUAAAUAUACAAAUAGAUAAAGGAAGAAGAAGAAGAAGACAUGGUGAUGCUAACUGGUUCUCCUUGACCACAACCUUAAUAAAGAAUUGUAUCCGACUCUGUCGAUUUCUGCUUCGUGUUCCACCUUCUGAUGGAGACACUAUCAAGAACAACAACAAGAAGAAGAUAAGAUUCUCGCGUUACAGAUAUGGUGGAGCUUGAUCAAGAGGAAGCUGCACUGCCAGCUAUUAACAUGUCAUCCAAAAAGAAACAGCUGCUCUCCACUGCCAUGAAGAGAACAAGUGAAUGGAUUUUCUCCCAGGAGAUCCCUAGCGAUGUCACAGUUCAUGCUGGAGGAGCCUCUUUCUCAUUGCACAAGUUUCCAUUGGUAUCAAAGUGUGGAUAUAUAAGGAAAUUGGUCUCUGAAGCUAGUGAUGCCGCUGUUUCUGUCAUUGAACUCCCUGAUGUUCCAGGUGGGGAGGCAUUUGAACUGGCUGCAAAAUUCUGUUAUGGAAUAAACUUUGAGAUAAGUACAGAGAACAUUGCCAUGCUCCGGUGCAUGGCGGAGUAUCUUGAGAUGACAGAGGACUAUGCAGUCGGAAACCUUGUGGGUAGAACAGAGGACUACUUGAAUGAAGUGGCACUGAAGAGCCUUUCUGGUGCUAUCUCCGUGUUGCAUGCGUCAGAAAACCUCCUUCCAAUGGCAGAGAAGGUAAAAUUGGUUAGUCGAUCCAUAGAUGCUGUUGCAUAUAUUGCCUGUAAGGAGAGCCAAUUCUGUAUGCCUGGGAAGACGGAGAAUAGACACGAGGUUGUCAAUUCUUCCUCAGGGUCUCACCUUAAACCCAUUGUAGAUUGGUGGGCUGAAGACUUAACUGUUCUCAGGAUUGAUGUCUUUCAUCGAGUUAUCAUGGCAAUGUUGGCGAGAGGCUUUAAACAGUAUGCACUUGGUCCAAUACUGAUGCUCUAUGCGCAGAAAUCUCUUCGAGGUUUGGAAAUAUUUGGAAAGGCGAGGAAAAAAAUUGAGCCUAAACAAGAGCACGAGAAGAGGGUCAUUUUGGAGACCAUUGUAAGUCUUCUGCCAAGGGAGAAGAAUGCAAUGUCUGUUAGCUUUCUCUCUAUGCUACUACGUGCAGCUAUAUAUCUGGAAACAACGGUUGCAUGCCGGCUUGAUCUGGAGAAGAGGAUGGGUCUGCAACUUGGACAGGCGGUGCUGGAUGAUCUCUUGAUUCCUUCAUUUUCCUUCACUGGGGAUACAUUGUUUGAUGUGGACACGGUGCAGCGGAUCAUGAUGAACUACCUUGAUUAUGAAUUGGAAGCCGCUCGUCUGGGCUACAAUGCAGACGAAGAGUAUGUCUCCCCUCCUCCGAGUGACAUGGAGCGGGUUGGGAAGCUAAUGGAGAGCUACCUUGCUGAAAUAGCUUCUGACCGUAAUUUAUCUGUAUCGAGGUUCAUUGCUCUUGCUGAGUUGAUCCCAGAACAAGCAAGGGUAACAGAGGAUGGAAUGUACAGAGCCAUUGAUAUAUACUUGAAGGCUCAUCCUGCUCUGACUGACAUGGAGAGGAAGAAGGUUUGCAGCUUGAUGGACUGCCAGAAGCUAUCCCGGGAAGCCUGUGCUCAUGCAGCCCAGAACGAUCGGCUCCCUGUGCAAAUCGUGGUUCAGGUUCUUUACUACGAGCAGCAACGUCUUCGGGAUGUUAUGGGUGGUGGCAACCUCAUGGGUGGGGAAUCUCCUUCUCUGCCUCAAAAAUUGAAUUUGUACUCUGCAGAUUAUCACUCAGCCCCUGAUGAGGUCGUGAGCUUACGAAGAGAAAACGAAGACCUGAAGAUAGAGCUGGUAAAGAUGCGGAUGCGAUUAAAACAACUCGAAAAAUCAGCAGAAAUCAUCCCAUCGGGAAGCACUCCACCAUCUGCUGAUAAGCCUCCGUUGCCUCGGUCGAAACCGUCAUUUAUCAACUCUGUGUCCAAAAAGCUUGGGCGCCUCUACCCCUUCGUGCGUGCAGAUGGAGUGAAGCCUUCUGAUGGCAAAGGUCGGAUAAAGCCCAGCAGAAAUAGACGGCAUUCCAUCUCUUGAUUCAUCUAUGCAGCUCUGAUUUCAAAAUAUUUUACUUACUGCAGGCAACAACAGGAGUAUACUCUGUUUCUAUGUCCUUGUUUCAAUGGCUUGACAACAGGACAUAGUGGGCAUUCUUUUUUUUUUUUAUUUUCCCCACUCUACUUCAAUCAAGUAAAUGUGGUUGUAAAUUAUUUUGCCAUUACAGUUCCUAGAACUCUAGAGAUUCAAGGUUGGUGAUUAGUAAAAUACAGAGACCAUAAUACUAAUAGAGUUUCUCUUUACUAGGAUGGCCGAUUGCAGUUAAUUUCUACAUUAGAAAUGGGAAAAAUAUUGUCAGUUAAAUCCAUUUGUUAUUUAAGGCUUAAAAGUUCUUUGUA